CUUUACCUACUUCGCGUCUCUCAAAAGUCUUGAAAUAUCUACAUUUGCUGUACAUCAUGAUUUUUGGAGACUUGUCUGCUUAUGUAUUCGUUGACGACCAGGAGCUCCCGGAGUAUGCUGCUGUUGUUUCCAGCACACCGAUGGAGAACAGAAUAACCUGCUGGAUUGCAUCGGAAGAGGGGAAGAAAUUUGGAGUCAGGUGGAUGAACGCCGCUGAGCAGUCCUGGAGCAUUCAAGCAGCUAUCUUCGUUGACGGUGUUCGCUGUGCUAGACAAACUGUACACCCGACCUGGGUCGGUAUGAAGGAAUGCACGUACUGGGGCAGUGACUCAGUCACCAGGGAUUUCAUGUUUUCAAAACUUGAGCUUACUGACGAUGACUCAAUGCUCGGUGAUCAAAGUUCGAAUGACAUAGGUCAGAUUGUGUUGAGGGUAGAAACGGGGGAGUACACGAAGGUGCAGGUAGUUAAACAUGGUAAAUCGAAAAGUCACACCCUCCGUGUGCGAGAAGGCAAGGUGCAUGAACGGUCUAAGAAGGCUUGUGCUCAUCGUGUCAUCUUCGGAGACGAAGUUCCCCGACCAGUGAAUCAUGGGCCAGGUCGUUCCACAUAUCGCACCGUGUUCAAACCGGAUAACCGACCUGCGACUGUCUUCGUGUUCAAAUACACGCGCUUGGACAUCUUGCAGGCAAUGGGCAUAGCGCCGCCGACGUCAAAUAACUCAAGCAAGGAAGAUGCAAAUGAUCAUGACGAUGAAAUCGAAAUCUUUGACGGACCUUAUGAGCCUUCACAUUUGCCAUUGCGCUUAAAGAAUGUGAAGCCCCGAAUUCAACGUCUUGAGAUGGAGCUCCAGCAUUUACGAACCCAGUUGGCCUCAUCUGAGGACCGGAAGUCCUCGUGUGUUAGUUUGGAAGGCGGGGUCUCACGACGGCAGCAAACCACUAUGGAGGUCCUCGAUUUGACCGAGGAUUAGCUUUCGUCUGUCCUCGCUUGGGUUCCGGCUUGCAUGCCACCGCUCUGAGACAGGGCACGCUGCAUAUAUUUUUUUCUGUACAGUUCAAACUCAUCACACCAUCAUUAUGGAUACAUGUAACGGUACAUUGCAUUGGAAGAAGGCUUCUUUCUUAAUUUUCAGGCUGUGACUUUACGCUCAUGGCUCGAUAUAAUACUUUGUUGUAUACUCACUGUUAAUACACUUUCUGGGACACCCCUGUUUGAAACUACUGAGUGCUCACAUUUUACGCUUGACGAUUACUAGCUAAGUAUAUCGAGUCAUCUACAAGUGUUUUGAUGCUGGGGAAAUACUCUUCAAGUUG